AUGCCACCAGUUAAAGAUAUAAAUGGAAUUAAUGACGGAAAGCCAACUGCAAAUAUGUUCGAAAAGGACUCUCGUAGUGACGCGCCUAUUCCUGAAAUGCCAACAACUGAAGGAAUUGAGUAUCCUCGAGCAGCGUCUUGGAGUUCUUCAACAGUUGCCGAAAUUAUGAGAGAUCAGAUUGGUCGUCAAGUUUUUCGUUGUUUUUUACACGAAUCCCUUGCAGAAGAAAAUUUGCUUUUUGUUGAAGAAGUUGAAAAAAUGAAGAGAGAAAAACAACCAGAAAAAAUUCGUCAAGGAAUAAAAAUGUUAUUGGAUAAAUAUGGACAAUAUAUUAAUUUAAGCAGUGUUGCUAUGAGUGAAAUAUACAAAUUACUCGAAAACGAUCAGUUUCCACGCUUUCGACGUUCAAAAUUGUACCUUGAAUUUCUUGAACAAUUAUUGCCUCGUUCAUAUGCUGAACGUUGGAUGACUUCAUUUGAUGCUCUUUUAGGCAAUCAAGUUGGUAGACAUCACUUUCGACAAUUUCUUUUUAAUGUUCACGCUGAAGAAAAUUUGCGUUUUUGGGAAUCUGUGAUUGAAUUUCGACAAUUAAAAAAUAAAUCCAUCGCCAUGUUAAAUAUGAGCAGAACAAUUCAACAACAAUUUCUCCGUGAAGGAGCUCACAAUGAGGUUUUUUUGCCAUUUGGUUUACGCCAACGUGUUGAGAAGAAAAUACGGGAGAAAAAUGUUGAUGACACAGUUUUUGAUGAAGCUGUUAAACACGUUGAGCAAAUUCUUAAAAAUGAUCCUUAUGUUAGAUUUAUUAAUUCAAAGGAAUAUAAUGAUCUUUUGGCAAAAUUACACUAA